UACAACUGUCACUAAGAAAAACAAAUAAAAAUGUUUGGAUUAGAGUUUUAAAAAUAAAAAUACCAAAAACAGUGCAUUUCUAAUUACAACAUUGUAAGAUGUAUAUUAAACAGGUGAUCAUACAAGGCUUCAAAAGUUACCGAGAUCAAACUGUUGUUGAGCCUUUUGAUAAACGCCACAAUGUAGUUGUAGGUCGUAAUGGAUCAGGAAAAAGUAACUUCUUUUAUGCUAUACAGUUUGUCCUAAGUGAUGAAUAUUCUCAUUUAAAACCUGAACAGCGGCAGUCUUUAUUACAUGAAGGAACUGGCCCACGAAUUGUAACAGCUUAUGUUGAAAUAAUAUUUGAUAAUUCUGAUGCAAGAGUACCAAUUGAACAUGAAGAAAUUUAUCUCCGGCGUGUUAUUGGUGCUAAGAAAGAUCAAUAUUUUUUAAAUAAGAAAGUUGUGCCAAGAAGUGAAGUUAUGAAUCUUUUGGAAUCCGCUGGGUUUUCAAGUUCUAACCCAUAUUACAUUGUAAAACAAGGAAAGAUUUUACAAAUGGCCACAGCUCCAGACACUCACCGUUUGAAACUAUUGCGUGAAGUAGCUGGUACUAGAGUUUAUGAUGAACGUAAGGCAGAAUCUGUGACUAUUUUGAAAGAGACAGAGGGCAAAAUUGAAAAAAUUCAUGAAUUUUUAACUACAAUUGAAGAGAGAUUAUCAACAUUGGAAGAGGAAAAAGAAGAAUUAAGGCAAUACCAGCAUUAUGAUAAAAUCAGAAGGGCGUUGGAAUAUAUUAUUCAUGAGGUGGAAUUGAAUGAAAACAAAAAGAAAUUAUCAGAGUUAGAAAAACAGCGAGAUGAGUCAGGUUCCGAGCAAAAAAUUUUAGCUCAGGAGCUGAAAAAAGCUCAAGAUAAUAUUAAAGUUUUGGCCAAAAAGAGCAAGGAUUUGAAUAAGGAGCUUAUUUCAAUUAAAGAUGAAAAGAAAAUUUUAAACAGUGAUCACCAACAUUUAAUCACAGAAAGGGCAAAACUAGAAUUAACAAUUAAAGACUUAUCAGAUGAUGUGCAAGGAGAUAACAAAUCAAAAGAGCGAGCCGAAAAUGAGUUAGCUCGUUUAACACAAACCAUCAAAGAAAAAGAAACAGAAUUAGAAAAAAUUAAACCUUUAUAUGAAGAAAAGAAAGCAAGAGAAGAAGAGUGUACAAGAGAACUUGCAUUGAAGGAACAAAAAAGGAAAGAACUGUAUGCAAAGCAAGGUAGGGGAAGUCAGUUUGCAUCUAAGGAAGACCGCGAUAGGUGGAUCCAAAAUGAACUAAAAUCACUGAGUAAACAAUUAAAGGAUAAAAGGGACCACAGAGAUAAAUUAGAAGCCGAUCUUAAAAGGGAUGCCCAAAAGACCAUUGAUUUACAAAAGAAAAUUGAAGAACAAUCUCAAGAAUUGGAAAGACAGAAAAAUUAUAUUGAUGAAUAUAAUAAGCAGUGUUAUGAACUAAAGAAAAACAAGGAUCAAUUUCAGACAACCAGAAAGGAAUUGUGGCGUAAAGAAAAUAACGUUCAAGCAAAUUUGACAUCGCUUAAAGAAGAAUUGGCUAAAGCUGAUCAGCAAUUGAGAUCAAUGGUUGGUAAGCCAAUAUUGAAUGGUCGAGACAGUGUUCGUAAAGUAUUAGAUACGUUCAUAGCUCGCGGAGGACGAGAAGCCGAUAUAGCUAAAUGUUAUUAUGGUCCUGUAAUUGAGAAUUUUGAAUGUGAAAAAAGUAUUUACAUAGCAGUAGAAGUAACAGCCGGUAACAGAUUAUUUCAUCACGUUAUUGAUAAUGAUAAAGUAGGAACAAUGAUUCUUAAAGAAAUGAAUAGGCAGACUUUGCCAGGAGAAGUUACUUUUAUGCCAUUGAACAGAUUAAAUGUAAGAGAAAUGGACUACCCAAAUGACGCGGAUGCCAUUGCAAUGGUUUCUAAGUUAGACUAUGACCGAAAAUAUGACAAAGCAAUGAGAUACUUGUUUGGAAAAACUUUAAUUUGUCGACACUUGGACGCCGCUACGAAAUUAGCUAGAAGUACUGGUUUGGACUGUGUUACAUUAGACGGUGAUCAAGUUUCCUCUAAAGGAUCUUUGACCGGAGGAUACUUUAAUACAUCUAGGUCACGUCUAGAAAUGCAAAAGAACAGAACGGAAACUAUUUCUCAAAUUCAACAGUGUGAACAAGAAUUAAAAAAUUUGAAAAGUGAAUUGACAAAGACAGAAGCUUCAAUUAAUACAAUCGUAUCCGACAUGCAAAAAAUUGAGACUAAGAAUAGUAAAGCUAAGGGUAUAUAUGACAAAGUUAAAGGCGAAUUGAGACUUAUGAAAGAAGAACUUUCAAAUAUAGAAAAGUUCAGAGGUCCGAAAGAACGUUCCUUGGCUCAGUGCAAAUCUAAUUUGGAAGCUAUGCAAGCAACCAGAGAAGGAUUGGAAUCUGAAUUACACCAAGAACUACUUUCAUCCUUAUCAGUUGCUGAUCAGCAACAGGUUGAUUCAUUAAAUGAUGAUAUACAGAGACUGCAACGGGAAAAUAAAGAGGCUUUCAGUACCAGGAUGAAAUUAGAAGCAGAAAAGAACAAACUGGAGAAUUUGUUAACAAAUAAUUUAAUUCGUAGGAGAGAUGAACUUUUACAUGCUCUUCAGGAAAUAUCGUUGGAAGACCGUAAACGACAAUUAACAAAUUGUAAAUCAGAAUUUGAGGAAAUUGAUAAAAAAAUCGAUAAAGUUAAUAAAGAAUUGAGUUCCAUAGAAACCAAAAUUAAGGAUAUGACUAAAAAGUUGAAACGUGAACAAACUGAAUUUGAAAGUUGGAAAGCUAAAGAAAAAGAGGCUCAAGACAAAAUAGAUGAGGACGCAAAACAUUUAGAAAAGUUUGCAUCUAAGCAAAACUUGCUAGAGACAAAAAUUCAAGAAAGUGUGGAGAAGAUCAAUCAACUAGGCGCAUUACCUGCACAGGAUCUUUAUGGCCAAUAUGUUAAAAUGUCUUCUAGAGCAUUAUUCAAAGAAUUGGAAAAAACUAACAAUCAAUUGAAGAAGUUCAGCCACGUCAAUAAGAAAGCUUUGGAUCAAUUUAUGAGUUUUUCAGAUCAAAAGGAAAAACUUCAGAAAAGAAUGGAGGAACUAGAGAGGGGUGGUAAAAGAAUUCAAGAACUCAUAGAAGUUUUAGAGUCGAGGAAAUUUGAAGCCAUUCAGUUUACUUUCAAACAAGUAUCAAAGUUUUUUGCAGAAGUAUUUAAAAAGUUGGUUCCUGCAGGCAAAGCUAAAUUGGUUAUGAGAACAGUUGAUAGUGAUGAGGGUCGCGAUAUCACUCCCGAAGAUACAAAUUCCGAUAUUUUCCAAGGUAUUGGGGUCAGAAUAUCAUUUACUGACGCGGAUGUGGAAAUGAAGGAAAUGAACCAACUUUCAGGAGGCCAGAAAUCUCUAGUCGCCUUAGCUCUCAUAUUCGCCAUUCAAAAAUGCGAUCCCGCACCAUUCUAUUUGUUCGACGAAAUCGAUCAAGCAUUAGAUGCCCAGCAUCGUAAAGCGGUAGCUAAUAUGAUCCACGAACUGUCCAAGGAUGCCCAGUUUAUCACCACUACCUUCCGACCCGAACUGUUGGAACAUGCGCACAAAUUCUAUGGUGUUAAAUUCCGAAAUAAAGUCAGUCACGUCGAAUGCGUUACUCGAGAUAUAGCUAGAGAUUUCGUCGAAGACGACCAGACGCAUUGUUAGAGAGUAAUUUAUUUUAUAGAUUGUAUAAUAUCGGUUUUAGGUAAUUUUUUAUAAGUUAGUAGAUAUCGUUAUGUAGUAAAUUUUUAAGGUCAGAUGAGAUAAAUAGGUUUCAUAAUCAAGAUGGGUACUGAUUGAAGAAAAAUAAGUCACAUGUAUUAACUAUUUACAUAUAUAAAAUCGUGUACACGAUCAUUCCUGAUCAGAGCUGUACCUCUUCACCAGCGGGCACCUAUACAUAUAUAGAUAUAAGCUCAAAAGGUAUCCAAUAAAUCAAUAGAUAUUCUAUAAGAGAAAUAGAGCCCACUCUAGUAAGUAUUGUAUUUAUUAAGAGUGGGUCCCAGGUUCCACUGCGGCCGCUAGGGUCUAUUGUAGCUCAGUUUACAAACUUAAAAAAAUAUUAAAAUUUACCCGUAAGACCCAACCUUUUAAUAUGGUUUUUAGGUCAGAGAGGAGUAUAUGUCCCCAAAAUCUAAUAAGUCUAGCAUGAUUUUGCCAAACAAAUGAAACCUGGACCUGCUCCCAGCAGCGGGGCAGGUACACAUAACGUGCUUCAUAGUUUCGUCACUUUCCAUACAAGAGAGAGAUUCAGUAUGUUCCAUUCUGGGACUGUCAUUACAGUUUUGAAACGUUCUGCACCUAACAAAUUCACAGAGCCGGUCUCUUGCGAAAUUUUUUGGAACGUUAAAUGUCUGUUCUGGACCCACGAAUGACAUGCUUGUACUUGUUUUGGCGAGGGAGUCAGCACAUUCGUUUCUCUUUAGGCCGACUUGUCCUGGCAUCCAUAUCAACGACACUUUCUUCCUAUCUCAUAGAAAAUUGAGUAGUUUUACAAUAAAGAAUCGUCAUGGACGUGCAUUUUGUUGCUUCAGGCGGUUUCAACGCGGCUUGACUAUGCGAAAAUAUGUUUAUUGUUUCCCGUUGUAUUGGCGCUCUACCAGCAGGUGCACAUAGGCUUCAAUAGCAUAAAUUCCAGCGCCGACGCCGUCGGUGGAGUUGGAAAAUAUUUAUAUUUCCCGUACAUUUUCUUGGUUUUUUAAAUGUCAAAUGUGACCUUAGCAAAACAUAGACACCCAAAAUCUCAUUCAAAUCGCAAUAAUGGUUCUUAAAAUAUCUGAAAAAUGUGUUUAUUUUUUUAAAGUUUGAUGCCCUCUAGUAACGAAGCACUUUUGUAUCGAGGUAAAUUGACCAAUGAACUUAUUUUCUUUCCAAAAAACGUAGUAGUUCUAUGUCCAAGGAAUAUUGGGAUACCCUGUAUAAUUCAGUAUCCAUCUGUAGAAAAACUUAAAAGUUUAAAACGAGUUUUUUACUCAAAUAAAAAUGCUUAAGCGCACAAAUGUACUCCGCUAGUAUAGGUUUAGUUAUACCGUAUGAUCGAAUAAAAACGGCGUCAGCGAUGGAAUGAAGAUCGCUGUCAUUUUAUAAUGUAAAUGUAUAUGGGAAAUGUCAUAGAUCGUCACUUCCAAGCCAACUGGACGCCAUUUUUUUUCGAUCAUACGGUAUUAUUUAGAGGUUUCAUGAACAUUUAAAUAAAUAAGAUUUUAU